UUUCUGCAAAGAACGGGACAGACCUUGGACAUGAAUUGCCUAUUUAUAGCCACCCCGCUCUUCUAACCAUUUCAUGUAGUUAAAGACAGCUUCUUCUUCUACUUCUUCCUCUUGAUUUUUUUCAAGAGACUUCAAUUUUAAAUCCUCGAUUCCGCAGCUUUUAUAGAUUAGAAAAGGAAAAUGGUGAAGAUCUGCUGCAUUGGUGCUGGAUACGUUGGUGGGCCUACUAUGGCAGUUAUUGCACUUAAGUGCCCAUCCAUUGAAGUGGCUGUUGUUGACAUCUCGGUGUCUCGUGUUGCUGCCUGGAACAGUGAUCAGCUCCCCAUCUAUGAGCCUGGUCUUGAUGGUGUGGUGAAGCAGUGCCGCGGAAAGAAUCUGUUCUUCAGCACUGAUGUGGAGAAGCAUGUGUCUGAGGCUGAUAUUGUCUUUGUUUCGGUUAAUACCCCAACCAAGACACAGGGUCUUGGAGCUGGUAAAGCUGCAGAUCUGACCUACUGGGAGAGUGCAGCCCGUGUAAUUGCUGAUGUCUCAAAGUCGGACAAAAUUGUUGUUGAGAAAUCAACAGUUCCAGUAAAAACAGCCGAGGCAAUUGAAAAAAUUCUGACCCACAACAGCAAGGGAAUCAAAUUCCAAAUCCUUUCAAACCCUGAAUUCCUUGCUGAGGGAACUGCAAUCAAAGAUCUUUUUAACCCAGAUCGAGUCCUCAUUGGAGGCAGGGAAACCCGAGAAGGCCAGAAAGCUAUCAAAGCAUUGAAAGAUGUGUAUGCGCACUGGGUCCCUGAAGACAGAAUUCUGACCACCAACCUUUGGUCUGCUGAGCUCUCAAAGCUUGCUGCCAAUGCUUUCUUGGCCCAAAGGAUAUCCUCUGUUAAUGCCAUGUCAGCACUUUGUGAGGCAACUGGAGCUAAUGUUACUCAGGUGGCAUAUGCCGUUGGUACAGACUCAAGGAUUGGGCCCAAAUUUUUAAAUGCCAGUGUUGGGUUUGGUGGAUCCUGCUUUCAGAAGGACAUUUUGAAUUUGGUUUACAUCUGUGAGUGCAAUGGCCUUCCAGAAGUUGCUGAGUACUGGAAACAAGUCAUCAAGAUCAAUGAUUAUCAGAAGAGUCGCUUUGUGAACCGUGUUGUUGCCUCUAUGUUUAACACAGUCGCCAACAAGAAGAUAGCCAUUCUUGGUUUUGCCUUCAAGAAGGAUACUGGUGACACCCGGGAGACCCCAGCCAUCGAUGUAUGCAAGGGGUUACUAGGUGACAAAGCUUGUUUGAGCAUAUACGACCCACAGGUCACCCAGGAUCAGAUCCAGAGGGACCUUACAAUGAACAAGUUUGAUUGGGACCAUCCUCUCCACCUCCAACCAAUGAGUCCUACAACUGUGAAGCAAGUAUCCGUGGUUUGGAGCGCCUAUGAAGCAACAAGAGACGCUCAUGGUCUCUGCAUUUUGACUGAGUGGGACGAAUUCAAGAACCUUGACUACAGGAGGAUAUACAACAGCAUGCAAAAACCAGCUUUUGUGUUCGAUGGCAGGAACAUUGUCGAUGUGAAUAAGCUGAGGCAGAUUGGUUUCAUCGUGUACUCGAUCGGUAAGCCCCUGGAUCCAUGGCUGAAGGACAUGCCUGCAGUGGCAUAAGAGAGAUGAAAUAAAGCGGUCAGUAUGAUUCUUCACCGUAUUUCGAUGAAUUUUGUUGUGCCUUGAUUUCCCGGAGUAGUCAGGAUAAAUGGCGUUACAUUGUAUUCCAUUAUAUCACUGUUUGUCUGUUGUUUGUUUAGAAGGGAAAAAACUUGAUGGAAUUUUCUCUGAUUUAAAUCUAUUAUCAUUAUAAGAAUGAUGUAUUCCAGAAACCAUUUAUCAUGUAUUCUUGUUCAAUGCUAAAACUCAAAUACUCCUGAUGCCAAAUUCCCAUUCAA